AUGAAGCUUUUUGCCACCCUCGCCGUCGCUACUUCCGCUCUCGACUGCUGGACCGGUAUUGGAACUUCCGUCGCCGACUUUGAUGCCAACAAAGUCAGUGUUACCUGCCAGGCGAACGAGGAGACCUGCCAAAUCACCGUCAGACAACGAGGAGGAGUCGUCGAGCAAGUCAUCGGAUCAUGCAAAGCUGAAGAUGCCUGCAAAAACAACCGAGCGCAGAACUUCUGGAAAGGCGACCAAUGCAAACCAGAGGACACAGUCGACGCUAACGGCGCUCAAAUCACCUCCGUCUGCAGAACUUGCUCCGACACUGCUGCCGAGCAGAUCGCCGCAGCUAGCUACGCUACCGAGGCUGAAUGGAAGACCAACCUCCUCGCCUAA